CCGAUUCGGUUCCGUGGAUAUAUUAAAAUGCCGCGCUGAACGGUGCCUGUGAACUCCAGCGAGGGACAAAGUUGCCAGUGCGGAGUGGAAAAGCCUUCUUCACCUUGGCUUCCAAUUCUUGCCAGCUGCUCGAAUUGGCGAGGAGUUGUUCCCAGAAGUGUAUAUGCCGCUUCGUUUCGUUGAUGUGGCUUGGUUGAUAUCUAUCAUGAGCUUGCAUAUGAGAGGGGACGACGACUUUCGGAUUCAAUGCAGCUGCUUCAUCCAGACUGAUCAGCCAUUUCUGCCGCAAUUCAUGACUUGAGUCUUCUGCGAACAGCUGAUGGCAAUGGCCAUAUAUCACAUCUCCUCCAACCACGAGGUCAAGGUCCGGAACAUGUAAAGCAGUAGUGUUGUAAGUAUCACUUUGACCAACCUCGACUGCUUGAAGUACAUGCCCUUCGAGAUGAAAUGUCCCAUUUUGCGACAACACUUUGGCAGCUAAUGGAGUAUCGGUAACUUGUCCUCCCGGAAACAAUGAAGCCCAAACACUUUUGAAGACAGCAGGCUCAUAUUGUUGCAACAUAUGGUCAUAUACGUCUUUCUUCGCUACCACUUGGGCUCCGGGGUAGCUCUGUUGGAUGAUGUGUCCUGUGAAGAAGUGGUCACCGUGUCCAUGUGUGAUGUACACCGUUUUCAGUUGCUUGCCAGGGAUCGUUUGAUUGAUCCACUGUGCGAGGGCCUUACCUUGAGCUAUCGUUGCUGGAGAAUCGACAAGAAUUGCAUCGUGUUCGCCGUGGAUCAAGGUGAAGGCAGUCGGUGAGAAAGAAGAAUCAGUUGAGUUCUGGUAGACAACACCUGCAGGCGGUUGGUGGUAAACAUCGACUUGAAGACCAUUCUUCUUGGUAACAAACUCGGAGAAGGCAACACCAUAUGUGGAUGCCAGGAGCACCCAGCCAAAAAUCGACUUCAUCACCUUCGAUACUCUAUGGUUUCCACAGAAUCUUGGUUCCUACGAUACCGUUUCAGCGCAGGUUCUUCACCAUCUUUAUAUGUCCUGGGUUGCCAUUAGGCCCUUGGCCAGUGUGGUCUCUCCUGGUUCACAUUGCCUAGGCAUCUCAAGCAUGCGUUUGCUUUCUUGCCACGAACGUUUACUAUGGCAUUCACUUGCUUCCAUUCUGGAUGAAUCAUCUCGACUUGACCUGCAGCUGCUGACAAAAGCAAGAUGAUACGAAAUUCAAGAGCGUUUUCUAUGACUGAAAACAGAGACAAUCCGAUAGAAGGAGUAGGAAUGAUGGGAGAUAAUAUUGUCAGGGUUUCAUCAGUGAAUUCGGCGCUGACCAUGCCAGGAUUAUUCCAGUUGUUAACAACGGCUACUACCUCUAGAGGUACCUGGAAAAGUCUACCACGGCAUUAAAAAAGAGGCUCCGAGGCCCGGCACCGAAAUCUUCAAAGCCAGACUCCGUCGUGGUUGUGAUUGUCUUGCUUACUGAUGCAUUUUGUGAUUACUUGCUUCGCCUCCGAACAUGCGCCUUAUCUUAGGCUUCAUAUGCACUACCACAGUUAACAGGUCGUUCCGCAAGACGAGUAUUGCAAAUGCAAUCUCAUCUUACAGGUUCUUUUCAGCACGACAAUGGAACCCAAGAACGAGUCGAUACUGCCGGGGACUCGUCGCCAUCCUCAGGUCACGUGUCCCAUUUGUAGCAGUCGUCGGUACACCACACGGCAACGGGGGCAGCGCUCGGUUUUCCCCUACGGAAGCAUAGACCCGCAGACCCCUACCAUAAGGACCUCAAAUGUGAGCACCGCGUCAAAGUCACUUCUCGAUGGGCAAAGUGUCUUGUCCCGUGGGGGUCCCACGCUAAUGACUGUACGUCUUUAUGGGAUGCCCAGCGAUACCCCCAUCUCUCCACAGCUAUGUUGGUUCCAAAAGUACCGGUGAGGACGUACCCCAUGGGCUGCAAGAAGUGCAAGACCCUUCUUUAUAUAAUCAACCAGUCUAUGUUUCGGGAAACUACAAGCUCCUCUACCAUUGCAACUUCUGUACGUUGAAUACCUUCUCUCUCAUAGUCCCACUACUACGGCUUCAAGGUGUAAGGAAGUAUGGACCCAAAGAACGAUAACGAGCAGGCGAAAGACACUACUCUCGCAGUAGAAGAUGUCGGAGCCGACCAGAUUCGAGCCGAGCAUGCCUUUCUGGUGAAACCAGAAGCUCUCUUGACCCUCUCUGACAGCGAGCUUGCUUCCCUCGGCCGAAAGGCUACCUUGAAGUUGGACUGCUUCAUUAUGCCCUGUAUGACGCUGCUGUAUAUCCUCAAUUAUCUUGAUCGACAGAAUAUUGCCAGUGCCAAAUUGGCCGAUAUUGACAAAGACCUGAACCUUUCGGCCGUCGACUAUCAGACCUGUAUCAGCAUACUGUUCUGCGGCUAUAUCCUGAUGCAGAUACCUUCCAACAUCGUCGUGGGAAAGAUUCCUUAUCCAGCCGUGUACAUCUGUGUCGCAGUGGCAGUAUGGGGUCUUAUAUCAGCUUUGACCGCAGUGGUCCAGUCUUUUGGUGGUUUACUGGCAUGUCGAUUCUGCCUUGGAUUUGUUGAAGCGGCAUUCUUCCCAGGAGCUCUCUACUACCUCAGUCUCUUCUACUCGCGAAAACAGUUCGCCAUGCGCACAGCUAUAUUGUACUCUGGCUCUCAGCUUGGAAAUGCCUUUGGUGGGCUGUUUGCGAUUGCAAUUCUCAAACUUGACGGAAAAAGCGGGUUGGAAGGAUGGCGAUGGCUCUUCCUUAUCGAAGGAGUCAUCACCAUCGGAGUCGCCAUCAUUUUUGCACUGAUCCUGCCCAACUCCAUCCGCAAGCUCAAAGGUUUCACCGAGCAAGAACGCCAGUGGAUUCUUUGGAACUUUGAAUCUGAUAUUGGUCAACAAGACAACUCGCACGAAGUGUCCGGUCGUAAAGGUCUGAUGCUCGCCUUGCUUGACCCAAAGAUGUGGAUGUUCAUGGCCCUCUUGACAUCGGUCUACAUUUCCGCCGCCGUCAACAACUUUUUCCCUUCUGUCGUUGGGGGAUUGGGCUUCUCACGAAACAAGACCUACGGAUUGACUGCUCCACCAUUUAUUUUGUGCGUCUUUUGCAUGCUGAUCAAUGGUUUCCACUCGGAUCGGAAACAAGAGAGGUACCUCCAUAUAGUGUUGCCGUUGGCCAUUACGGUCCUGGCGAACGUUAUUGCAGUUUCGACUUUGAACAUUGCUGCACGUUAUGUCGCGAUGAUGUUGAUGCCGGCCUCGUUCUACUCGGCCUCGAUCGUUAUCCUUUCCUGGAUUACGGGCAGUCUUAAUCAACCUUCGGUCAAACGAGCCGCGUCGAUCGCCGCCAUCAAUGCCGUUUCCAACACACCCAAUAUCUGGACCAGUUACCUCUACCGUUCGGCACCGCGAUAUGUCGAGGCAUUUGCUGUCAAUCUCGUGUUCGCCAUCGUGUCGAUCCUUCUCGCCACCUGGAUCCGGUUUUACUUGAAACGCGAGAAUGUCAAGAUGGAUCGUGGUGAGGACAUCGGCAAGAGUGGACCGACCGAAGCACAAAGGGCUGCUGGAUUUAGACAUCUACUUUAGAUGUGGUGAGCGCGUCUCGUCAUCUCAUCUCACAUAUCCAGAAGCCUUUGUCUAUCGAAUUCGAAAUCGAAAUUGAAAUAUCGAGAGAAUCAGCAGCCAACAUUGAUCAAUUGGAUGGUCACAUGUACAUAUGUAUUUAUAUCCCA